GCGCGCCUCCUUUCACGGCCUCGGCUGUCAAUCAUCUGGUCCCGUCGGUGAUUUCUCACCAGCACCGGAUGAUCGCCGACGGGGGAGAGAUCUGUGUACUUUAUACGGCGGAUACUGUCAGCUCCUGCCCAGUGCUUUGUAUGGCUCUGCAUAGCAGAGCCAUAUAAAGCACACACAGCCUCAUAGUAAAAACAGCACACAGUUAACCCUUUGAUUGCCGCACAUGUUAGCCCCUUCCUGCCCAGUGCCAUUAGUACAGUGUCAGUGCUUUUUAUUGAUCACUGUAUUGGUGUCACUGGGGAUGUCAGUGACACCAAGUCGGUUCCCCCAAGUGUCAGAAUGCCCGCUGCAGUCCUGCUAUAAGUCGCUG